UCCCUUGUCACCACUUUGAAACCGGUUUGACAGUGUUGAUCGCGUUACCUGAGGGGAAAAGGAGAAGUACAGUUGUAAAAUUUACAACAGGUGCGCACGCACGGACGGACGGACGGACGUUUAGGUGAAAAGGUUAACGACUGCCUGACUGACUGACUGACUGACUGCACGAGCUCAAAGUCCAAAGUGCCAACUCUUGGUGCUUGUGUGCGUUUUAUCUUGACAUUCGUCGUCUGCGAACUUUUGUUUUUGCGCAUUGCUUAACAGCUCGGCUACGAAGACAGUCAGUCAGUCGCGUGCGUGCGUGUCACUGUCAGUCUGCUGGCCCCGUUUGGAGGCAGGCGGGCAGGCAGGCAGGCGGGCAGGCAGCCACGCAGGCAGCCAGGCAGGCUGCGACGAACGCUGACAUUUGGAAUAACGCAGACGCUGCUCGCUCACUCAAUCCAGCAGCAUGCCCGUGCGACAGAAAGAUGCUCAACGAGCCCUUGAGCUUCUCCAGCAGUACAAGGCCAAAUUAGAUCAGAGGCAGCAGAGCCAGCUAAAACAGGGCCCUGUUGAGGAAGAUCACCAACUGCAACAGUCCCUGGACAGAGUCAUCAAUGUGUUCCAAAGCCAGCUCUUUAGUGCCCUGCUCGACAUUCAGGAGUACUAUGAGUUAACCGUCCACGCUGACAGCCAAAGUUCAAGCAAGCUGAUGGAUGACACCGUGACAGCUCCCUCCUCUGACAAGCUAGUAGCAGCCGUGCCGGUGCCGGUGCCGGAGCCGGUGCCGGAGCCGGAGCCGGUGCCGGAGCCCACCUCCGGUCAGCUCUCCAGCCCGGCUUCAGCGGAACCGUGCCAGCCAAAAUGCAUAUCCCCCAAACCCAAGUCAAUCAAGUCUCCUGCUCCUCCAAUCCCAUCAAAACAAGCGGUGUCCCCUUCAUCGCCGCCGCCUCCUAUUGCUCAGUCACAAGGGUCCAAGGUCAAGUCCCGAGCCCCACCUCCUCCAAUCCAGGAUGCGGACAUUUCCAAGCCCUCGUCCCCGUCCUGCGCAGAGCCGCCGUCAAUAAGACAAAAUGAUCAAAAGGCACCUCUCGAUGCCGUUUUACCCUCAGAAUGCUCGCCCGCUUCUCCUAGCAGUGCAAGUGAGCUAGUGACUGUCUCAAGUCUGGUCUUGGGAACCAUCCAAGGCUUAGUGUCUGACCCAGACAAAGUCGGCCGAGCUCCCGACAGCGUUGCAGACGAUCAAGGCUCAGGCCAAAACACUCCAAUAUCAAGUCCUAUGACUCCUAGCAAUGGAAAAGCUCCAUUUGGUAGCCACAGUCCCUCAGUGCCACCAAGCAAAGGACCCGUGAAGAGCACCAGCCCGCUGAAAGUCACGGCCUCUCCCACCAGCCCUGGCCAGAGAGGGGUCAAGAAGUAUCGAUACCCGGGAGAGGAAGGGGUGUCGCAAGGCCCGGCAAAAUUCCACCAACAUAGCUGCUGCCGUCAGCACCCGAGCAAAGAGCUGAGUGAUGCGAGGACUCUCGGGAGGCUAGGGAUGGAUCAGGGCACCUGGAGAAGAGCGAGGAGGCACAGUGGAGAUUUGGAAGCCAGAGACACGGGAAACUCGCUCACCAGGGCCGGCUCUCUCGGUCGCCGCGGCCAUCUCCGUGGGGCCGAGCUGGUUCAGGUGGCCGAGCGACAGCUCUCUCAGAUUCAGCACGUCCACGGAUAUGUCACUCACGCGCACAUCACACCCGCUCAGGCCAACCCCCCUCCAUUGGUGGUGAACACAGACAGUGUGGACACCCCCCCAUAUGUCAAUGGAACAGAAGCAGACUUUGAAUAUGAGGAAAUCACAUUGGAGCGGGGUAACUCAGGUUUGGGCUUCAGUAUUGCAGGAGGGACCGACAAUCCCCAUAUUGGAGAAGAUCCGUCCAUCUUCAUUACCAAGAUUAUACCCGGAGGGGCCGCGGCCCAGAAUGGACGACUCAAGGUGAACGACUCCAUCGUCCGGGUCAAUGACACCGACGUCAGGGAAGUGAGCCACAGUGGGGCGGUGGAGGCACUCAAGGAUGCCGGAGGUUUGGUCCGACUGUGCGUACGACGCAAGAAGAGCCUUACCGAUAAAAUGGUGGAUAUCAAGCUAGUCAAAGGACCCAAAGGCCUGGGAUUUAGUAUAGCUGGUGGAGUAGGAAAUCAACACGUUCCGGGUGACAACAGCAUUUAUGUGACAAAGAUCAUUGAGGGGGGCGCUGCGCAAAAAGAUGGCCGGCUACAGAUAGGGGACAAACUUGUAGCUGUAAAUGCAUCUUCUUUAGAGGAGGUUUCUCAUGAGGAAGCAGUUGCAGCCCUAAAGUCAACCCCAGAUGUUGUUUACCUACGCGUGGCCAAACACACUUCUGUCUUUAUCAACGAAACCUUUCCUCCUCCCGAUGUCACCAAUUCCUACCCUUCGCAUCAUGACAAUCACAUAAGCCCCUACAUGAGCGGGAGCCAGUCUGUUAGCCCGGCCCCACUGACCACGCCCAGAUACUCACCGAUGCCCAGGUCCGUGACGGAAAAUGACGACUUCACCAGGGAGCCUCGGCGUGUGUUGCUUCACCGAGGGUCUACGGGUCUUGGUUUCAAUAUCGUUGGAGGAGAAGAUGGCGAAGGAAUAUUCAUUUCCUUCAUUCUGGCUGGUGGUCCAGCUGAUCUUUGUGGGGAACUCCACAAGGGGGACCGGAUCCUCUCUGUGAAUGGAGUUGACCUGUCGACAGCGACACACGAGCAGGCGGCUGCGGCUCUGAAGAACGCGGGACAAACGGUCACCGUUGUAGCGCAGUAUAAACCGGAAGAAUACAGUCGUUUUGAGGCAAAGAUCCAUGACCUAAGGGAACAGAUGAUGAGCAGCAGCGUCAGUUCCAGCUCCACGUCACUACGGUCCACUCAGAAACGGACACUUUACGUCAGAGCGCUCUUUGACUACGAUGGAAGCGCGUCGGACUCGAGCAGCCCCAAUCAGGUUCUGCCCUUCCGCUUUGGAGACAUCCUUCACGUGAGCAGCGCUGGCGAAGAAGAGUGGUGGCCUGCGCGCCACCUCAGCCCCCCUCCCCCAAACUGCCCAGAGGUUGGAGUCAUCCCCAGCCGCAGAAGAGCGGAGAAAAAGGAGAGGUCAAGGUUAAAGACAGCCUGUGUGAGCAAGAAUCAGGAUCGAUCGGAUCCAGAUGAAGGGGUUGGCCAGGAGGAGAUGUUGUUAAGCUACCAAGCAGUAAUACAGCAGGAAGUCAAUUACACCAGACCUGUUAUCAUUCUUGGACCGAUGAAGGAUCGAGUCAAUGAUGAUCUUAUUUCGGACUUUCCCGACAAGUUUGGCUCCUGUGUCCCACACACGACUCGGCCUCGGCGGGACUAUGAAGUGAAUGGCCGAGAUUAUCACUUUAUGCCCUCCAGAGAGCUCAUGGAACAAGAGAUCCAGGAGCACAAGUUUAUCGAGGCGGGACAGUAUAACAACCACCUGUAUGGAACCAGUAUACAGUCGGUGAGAGAAGUUGCUGACAAGGGUAAACAUUGUAUACUGGAUGUAUCCGGGAACGCUAUCAAGCGUCUGCAGCUGGCAGGCCUCUAUCCCAUCGCCAUCUUCAUUAGGCCACGCAGUGUGGACAACAUCCUAGAGAUGAAUAAGCGUUUUACUGAGGAGCAGGCAAGGAAGUCCUAUGACAGAGCUGUCAGACUGGAACAGGAGUUCACCGAAUAUUUCAGCGCUUUUGUGCAUGGCUCAACUCUGGAGGAAGUGUAUUCCCAGGUGAAGCAGGUCAUUGAGGAGCAAUCGGGUCCUUACAUUUGGGUGGCCACCAAGGAGCGGCUCUAAGUCAAUGCCGCAACUUUGGCAGCACAACACAGCU